UUCGUUAUGAAGCAAGCUCUGGGAGGGGCCACCAAGGACAUGGGGAAGAUGCUCGGUGGAGAUGAAGAGAAAGACCCUGAUGCAGCCAAGAAAGAGGAGGAACGCCAGGAAGCCCUUCGGCAGGAAGAGGAGGAGAGGAAAGCCAAGUAUGCCAAAAUGGAGGCCGAGCGGGAGGUCAUGAGACAAGGGAUCCGUGAUAAGUAUGGGAUCAAGAAGAAGGAGGAACGUGAGGCAGAGGCCCAGGCUGCAAUGGAAGCCAACUCUGAAGGCAGCCUUACGCGUCCUAAGAAGGCCAUUCCACCAGGUUGUGGCGAUGAAGAAGAGGAGGAGGAAGAGAGCAUCCUGGACACCGUCAUCAAAUACCUCCCUGGUCCUCUCCAGGAUAUGUUCAAGAAGUAA